UUAGUGUCUCUACAGUCUUAAAGUUUCUCUCUCUGAUCAUCUCAGCUUUAUUCUUCAGCACUGCUCAUCUUUACACGUCACAGACACCAAAUCACAAGAUGAUCUCAAUAUUCUGCUCUGUCUGCACUCUUCUGACCUGUGUCAGUGGAGUGACUGUAGUGACUCAGAGUCCAGUAAUCACAGUCAGUAAAGGACAAACCGCUGAACUGGACUGUAAUCUGGGGACUGUGACUGAUUCUGGUGCUAGAUGGUACAAACAGACUCCAGCAGGAGUUCCUCAGUUUGUGUUAUACUUCUAUCAUGGCUGGAGUUCACCUAGCUAUGGAUCUGGUUUCUCUGCUCCUAAAUUCACAUCAACAUCUUCAUCUACAUCAGAUUAUAGUCUGAUCAUCAGUAAUGUGGCUGUGAGUGAUUCUGCAGUGUAUUACUGUAAGACGUGGGACGGCUCUGUUGCUGUGGUAUUCGGACAAGGAACUAAACUCAUUGUGACGGACGCUGCCGCUGCUCCUCCUGUGCUGACCAUCCUCCGUCCAUCAUCCAGAGAAGAGCUGAGCUCCAGUAAAGUCACUCUGCUGUGUCUGAUCGAUCACAUGUCUGUGGCUUUGGCUGAUGUGCGUUGGCUUGUGAACGGGAACUCAGUUACUGAAGGCGUCUUCACUGGCUCUGCUGAACAGCAGCCUGAUCACAAAUUCAAGAGCAGCAGUUCUUUAACCAUCCAGAGCUCCGAGUGGGACAAAGACGAAGAGCUGAUAUGUGAAGCCACUGUGGCCUCAAAAACCAGCCGUGCAAGCAUCAGGAAAUCUGAAUGCAGCGACUGAACCUGGAGAAGCUGAUGUGGUCUUCUACUGUUAUCAGAGCUAAUCAUAUCUCUUGCUGUAGUGGGAUUGAAAUCAUCAAUAUAGAGAGUGUUCAAAUAAAGCCUCGUCAUUUUCUGAUGAUCUUUUGCCUUUAAUGUUGAUGUGAGCUGAUUUACAACUGUUUUAAUAA